AUGGGUUCCGCGGAGCAGCCACUCAAGAAGCGAAGGCUCUACGAGUUUCAACCAGAAGAACCGCCUCCGCCGCCAGACUCGUCGGCAGUUCCGCAACCGCCCUCCACCUCUGUUGCUCCGCCUGGAACGCCACCGCCGCUCUCGCAGGAGGAAAUUCUCGCCAGGCGGAGAAACAGAGAUGAAAUCAGAAGUGUGUACGAUACGUACAAGCGGCUCAAGUUUUUCUUGGCCCAGAAAGAUGGAAUCCACUCUCUGGAGCUGGAACAAGCAUAUCUAUCUCUUAUUGCUGCUUCCAGAGGUUGUUCCAGUGUACAACGGAUUGUGGCUGAUCUAAUUCCUCGAUAUGCAUUGAACUUUCCAACUGCUCUACAAUCCGCAACAAAGGCUGUUAUUGAUAUGCACAACUGGAGCGUGGCAAUAAUUGAAAGAGGAGAGGAUAAAGAUGAUAUUCCAUUUGAAACUGCUAAAAGUUGCAUCUUCGGUUUAGCAGAUAUCUGCCAUGUUGCGACUUCAGAUGCUUCUAUAUCGUAUGACAUACGAAGAAUUGUGUUUGUAGCUUUCAGAAAUGCACUUUCCUUCUUUUUUUCCUCAGAUGGGGGAACAGAUAUCCUUAAGAUUAUUGAUAAUGAUUUUUUGAAGAUCCAAGAUUCUGCUGAGCUCUUUUUUGAGUUGAAGGAGAAGUUCUGCCAUGAAGAUCAACCGUCACUUUCUAAAUUAUCCAAGCUACGUGCACUGAGCUUUAUUUGGAUUUUCUUUUCUUGGCCUAAGAAUAUAGUUACAGCCUGUUUUGAGCUUUUGAGUUCCAAUGCGAUGGAGGAAAUUAAGGAAGGAAAGGAUUGUGUUAUCCUGUUAACAAGCCAGCUUAAUACAAACAAUGCGACAGAUUCUUCUAUAGUGUUAACCAGUGGGUCAACGAGACCAUCCGAUGAGAAAGGUGUUUCAGGGGGUGGAUCGUUUCUCCCGGUGAACUCGUUGCUGCACUUGGUCCUACAGAAACACGUGUCAUUGAGAAGCUGGAUGUUCCUAAAAUGUAAGAAGUUCUUCAAUAGACCUUCACUGGGUGAUGCAUCGGCAACUAGAACUUCGUUUGAACAAGUAUUUGAAUCAUUUCCAGAACUUAGGAAUUUAGAAGGCAGCCAAAUGGACAAUGAUGAGGAUGAUUCUGAUCCCUCGGACCUUUUGAAUCAACAGUACUUGGCGCAUAGGAAAUCCAGUGAUCAAGAUAUCUAUGGUGAACCACGUAGUGCAGAUGGUCGUAAUCAAGUUAGUGGAUCAUUGAGAUCCAUGGAUUGGGAGACUAGUGACCCUGGAGGUCCUUCGCAUGGAAGGUCGUCGGUGCCCAGCGAUGUGAUGAACCAACACAAGAAUUCACCUGUUACGAGAGGACCUGUGGACUUCAGGAGCAAUUCAUUUGAGGCUAGAAGGCAUAAUCAUUCUGCUGAAAAUCCUGUUUCAGCUGGGGGAUUGAUUAACACUUCCAAUUCUCCCAAAGAUAAUCUGGGGGCACUUCAUGGUGGCCAAUGUAUUUGGUUCUGUGAUGGAGAUCCCAUUGCAAUGGAAGUUUUUGCUGCUUCUAGACAGCUUUGGGUUGGCUUCUUAAGUCCUGAUGCAUCUGAAGUUCAUCUAAGGUUUGAGCUUGACAGAUUUGGUCCCAUGGAACAAUUUUUCUUUUUCCCAGUCCAGGGCUUUGCAUUAGCCGAGUACAGGAGCACCAUUGAUGCAGUAAGGGCACGUGAAUAUAUGAGAAGCCAUUUCCCUUGGUUGAUAAAGUUCAUGGAUGUUGGAUUGGGAACUAGGGGCUCUGUUAAUGGGGCUGCAAUUGGUUCCAGUCGUUAUGUUUAUGCUGGAAACAUUUCCAGCCAAUGGGUAAGAGAUGAAGUUCUACAUGAAUCACAGAAAGUGAUAUACAGAGGCCCUUACAUGGUCACUGACCUUUACAGUGAAGGAGCAUUGCUUAUGGAAUUUGAAUCACCUGAAGAAGCGACUGCUGUCAUGGUUCAUCUCAGGCAGUACCGUAAGGAGAAAAUUCUGCCUCCCUCUGAUGCCUUAACAUCUAAUGCUGGAAUGCCUCACUUAGAUGGGGCAAGAUCGAUGCCGAGCUCUGCAGAUGCUGCUGAUUUGAAGGCCAAUCCUAUUGGAAACAUCGGUAAUAGUACAAAUGAAUCAGGCCAAGCUCAGGCUGUUCUAGAGAGCCCAGCUGCUAUGAAUUUGGAAAAUAAUGGAACUGCUGCAGUACAGGUUGGAUAUCCAUUUGGUUCGUCGAAUCCUCCACAUGCAGGAAGCCAUGUUUCUGCUGAACAAUUGUGGAUGUACAAUAACAAUGAACCUCAGUUCCAGCCAGCGUCAUAUGUUCAACCUGCAUACCAGCCUCCAAACAGCUCCUGGGAUCCUCAAGUACCUCCACCUUUGGCAGCUAUUCCAUCUCACGCUGAAAUCCCCCCUCCAUUGCCACUUGCUCCUCCUCCACCCAGCUCACCACCUCCACCACCACCCCUUGCUGAAUCAGCUGAUCCUGGGAUUUCUGGCCAUUCUUGGAAAUAUGGGUGGCAAGGUGCAUUAUGCAAAAGUGGAGUUCAUUAUUGUACGAUAAACGUAAUCGGAGUGGACUCAGAACUUUGCAAGUACUCAAACGGUCUCUCAGAACCUGCAGAAUGGCCCAGUAGGCUCGACAUGACAAAACGAACUGAUUUUCGGCAUGUAAAAUCAACAUUUUCCAGUACCCCUACACAUAAGAGAGAAGUCUGUCAAUUGAUCCCUGCCUCCUCGACUGAUAAAAAAGGCUACCAGGAUUUCAUAUCGUACUUGAAGCAGAGAGAAUGCGCAGGAGUGAUCAAAAUCCCACCUUCAAAACCAAUGUGGGGAAGGCUUCUCUUCAUACUUCCUUACUCGCAAGAAGUAUGCUCGAUGCUGUCUAUCGCUUUUGAUGCAUCUUCAUCCCAUUGUGGGUUGAUUGGUUUGAUUCUGCCCAAGGAAACCAACUAUGAAUGGCUUUGA